AUGCUCUACCCGGACGCCCCAGAGCGUCGCGAUGCUCUCCCCAACCGCCCCAGAGCGUCGCGAUGCUCUCCCCGGAUGCCCCAGAGCGUCGCGAUGCUCUCCCCGGACGCCCCAGAGCGUCGCGAUGCUCUCCCCGGACGCCCCAGAGCGUCGCGAUGCUCUACCCGGACGCCCCAGAGCGUCGCGAUGCUCUCCCCGGACGCCCCAGAGCGUCGCGAUGCUCUCCCCGGACGCCCCAAAGCGUCGCGCUGCUCUCCCCGGACGCCACAGAGCGUCGCGAUGCUCUCCCCGGACGCCCCAGAGCGCCGCGAUGCUCUCCCCGGACGCCCCAGAGCGUCGCGAUGCUCUCCCCGGACGCCCCAGAGCGCCGCGAUGCUCUCCCCGGACGCCCCUGAGCGCCGCGAUGCUCUCCCCGGACGCCCCAGAGCGUCGCGAUGCUCGCCCCGGACGCCCCAGAGCGUCGCGAUGCUCUCCCCGGACGCCCCAGAGCGCCGCGAUGCUCUCGUCGGACGCCCCAGAGCGUCGCGAUGCUCUCCCCGAACGCUCCAUAGCGUCGCGAUGCUCUUUCCGGACGCCCCAGAGCGUCGCGAUGCUCUACCCGGACGCCCCAGAGCGUCGGGAUGCUCUCCCCAGCCGCCCCAGAGCGUCGCGAUGCUCUCCCCGGACGCCCCAGAGCGUCGCGAUGCUCUCCCCGGACGCCCCAGAGCGUCGCGAUGCUCUCCCCCGACGCCCCAGAGCGUCGCGAUGCUCUCCCCGGACGCCCCAGAGCCCGCCCCAGAGCGUCGUAAUGCUCUCCCCGGACGCCCCAGAGCGUCGCGAUGCUCUCCCCCGACGCCCCAGAGCUUCACGAUGCUCUCCCCGGACGCCCCAGAGCGUCGCGAUGCUCUCCCCGGACGCCCCAGAGCAGCGCGAUGCUCUCCCCGGACGCCCCAGAGCGUUGCGAUGCUCUCCCCGGACGCCCCAGAGCGUCACUAUGCUCUCCCCGGACGCCCCAGAGCGUCGCUAUGCUCUCCUCGGACGCCCCAGAGCGUCGCGAUGCUCUCCUUGGACGCCCUAGAGCGUCGCGAUGCUCUCCCCGGACGCCCCAGAGCGUCGCUAUGGUCUCCCCGGACGCCCCAGAGCGUCGCGAUGCUCUCCCCAGACGCCCUAGAGCGUCGAGAUGCUCACCCCGGACGCCCCGGAGCGUCGCUAUGCUCUCCCCGGACGCCCCAGAGCGUCGCGAUGCUCUCCCUGGACGCCCCAGAGCAUCGCGAUGCUCUCCCCGGACGCCCCAGAGCGUAG